UAUCCAUCAUCGCCCAUCAACAAUAAUAAAUAUAAACCAUUUUCGCAUUCCACAUUUUUUGAGAGAGGUAAAGAAAGAAGCCUCUGGCCGAACGAGCGCAGCGCGAACGGAAAAAUCCGUUAUAUCCCCACAAAUACCAUCUCGUCAGCCCGUGUCCGGCUGUCUCCUCCAGUGCGGCAGUCGUUUUUGCCAUCAUCAGUGUCGCGUUCACUCUCAUCGUGAUCACAACUCCUCCACAGCCACACCAUCAAAAUGAUGCAUACAUUUUAUAGAAGCUGCAACUACACUAUGGAUGACCGACAUUCCUAUGAAAAGUUGUCCAUCAGGGAUUCUGCCCGAUACUCUAAGAAGUAUGGCAGCACCAGCAGCAGGAACAACACUCGAAAUGAAUCUUUUGUUAAGCACAUUGUGACUGGAACAGAUACCCUGCAAGGAUUAGCCCUUAAAUAUGGAGUUACUAUGGAACAGAUUCGACGGGCGAACCGUUUAUUCGCCUCGGAUAGUCUGUUCUUGCGAGAACACUUGCUGAUACCUGUGCCCGAAGGCUACAACGGCGGGGAAACCCCAACAACGCAGCUAGUGGAUAUUCCCGUAUCGCCAGAUGCGAAUUCCGAUGCGGAGAGCAGUGGAGGUUGUGGCAUCACCUCUUCCGCCGCCUCCUCCCAGGUCACGUCUCCAGCCAGCUACGAUAACGAAGACGUUGCCGAAUUCCUCGUGAAGAUAGAUGCCGCCAUUGCGAACACCAAAGCCGACGUGAAAAAAAUACACAAAAACAGCGAGUUUUCAAAUUUCGAUUGUGGAUCGGAACGGAGGAAACCGGCCGUCAGCCGAAUGAAGCAGAUGGUAAACAACAAUGGUACCAGUGAUAUCCUGAAGACACCGCAGGCGGUAGUAAUGACGCAGGGGAAUAAAAUUAAAACCUCGAUGCGCAGGUAUCAGCAACAGCAAGACGAGUUGUUCGAGUUGUAGCGACGAUUGGACGAUCGUGGGUGUCCGUUAAACUCCGUAAGUCCGAACUAUCCGCUGGCGACGUAAUCCACUCUGUGCGACGCGAGAGCAGCAGCUAUACGAAAACCGCAGAACCCAUCCGACCUCCCCCAAAAUGCACCUCGUCGACAUUUUCCUUCAUUAGCAAUACUAGAUGACAAUAGCGACUUCGAUCGUACCCCCAAUCAAUACGUCGGGAACACAUACAGAAUUCCCAGAGCACAUUUAGUUAAUUUAUAAUUAGAAUAUCAAAACCUGCUUGCCAUGGAAACAAAGUGUCUCGAAAUACGUAUUUAUUUAAAAAAAAAACAAAUAAUAAGUAAUAUUUGGAUUAAAGCACCUGCAAUUAACUUUGUGUCUGCACAAGGAAAUUAAGUUAUUCUCUGUAUACAUGUAUUCAUAUUUUACCUGUUUUAUAUUAUUUAAACGAAAUAUAUAUGCAUCUAUGUUUUUCACAUACAUUUGUUUACUUUGCUCAUUUAUAGCGACAUAUCACGGUUGCCUUUCACUGCGCUCUUGUUUUUAAUACUGAUUUCUGGAUUUCCACUGAUCGAGGGUUUGGAUUGUUCUAAUAGCCACUCAAUUAAUGAAAUAAAUCUAUUACUGUAAAUAUUAACAAAUUGUG